AUGACGCGAUUAUGGGUCGGAAUCGUUUUUCUGUGGUCCAUCCCAGCAGUCACUGCAGUAGCCAACUCAUCCAUCUUCUCCAGUUCACUCAUCUCCCAGAAAGUGUUCGACGGGGAGAAUUUCCUCAAAUAUGACGGAGUCCGUGGUCCUUAUGUGGACCAUGUAUCUUACGGGGUCAGUCGCGACACCCCUGCGCAAUGCUCCGUUGAUCAGGUCAUUAUGAUCAAAAGACAUGGAGAACGAUAUCCCGCAUCAGGGGAAGGAACUUCCAUCGAACAGGCUCUAAAGAAGGUCAACAACACCAUCGCAGGAAAUUAUAGCGGAGAUCUAGCCUUCCUGAAGAACUGGACCUACUUCGUGCCCUCCGACUGCUACGAGGCAGAGACCUGGACAGGUCCCUAUGCAGGGUUAACAGACGCCUACAAUCAUGGCAAGGAAUAUCGCCAACGCUACGGACACCUCUGGGACGGAGAGUCCGUUCUCCCGAUAUUCACUGCCGACUUCCAAAGAGUCAUCGAGACUGCCCAGAAAUUUGGAGAAGGAUUUGUCGGUAAUGACAGCUACUCGACCAAAGCAGCGCUCAAUAUCAUCUCUGAAUCUAGCAGUCAAGGCGCAGAUAGUCUGACUCCUACAUGCCACAAGCAAGACGACAACGCACAGAAUAUCUGCAACAGCAUGCCAUACUACCUUCCACAAUUCGAUGCAGCUGCAGACCGACUGAAUGCUCAGUAUCAGGGCUUGAACCUCAACUGGACAGAUGUGGUUUCACUAAUGCUAAUGACGGCCUACGAGCUAAACACGCGCUCUUCAUCAGACUGGAUCAACGUAUUCACCACCGACGAAUGGAUCAGUUUCUCACACAUUUGGAACAUCAACUUCUACUACUGCUCAGGCCCCGGAAACUCCUACAUGCGUGCCGUCGGCGCCCUCUACGUCAACGCCACCCUAUCCCUCCUCAACCAAGGCCCUUCAUCCAACUCUCUCUUCUUCAACUUUGCCCACGACAGCAACAUAACCCCCAUAAUCACCGCCCUCGGCAUCGCUACCCCACCCACCGACCUCCCCACGGACCGCGUAGCCUUCAACUCCCCCUGGAAAAUCGAAGACAUCGUUCCCAUGGGCGGCCGCCUCACCAUCGAGCGCCUAAACUGCACCGACUCCGCCUUCGCACCUGCUGGCUCCUUCGUCCGACUCGUGCUUAACGAAGCCGUUGUACCUCUACAGGAAUGCCAGGAUGGUCCCGGGUAUUCAUGUCCCUUGGCCAACUAUACGGAGUUUGUGCGGGGGUUGCCUUCUUUUGUAUCCGAGUGUGAGGUUCCGGCUGAAGAACCGCAGUAUUUGAACUUCUGGUGGAAUUAUACCACCUCGACGAAGGAUAACUAUCGUAAUGGGAGUAGGUGUAAUGGGUUGGCUUAG